CACCCCCUUCCCCGCGGGCCUCGGUUCAAACGACCCAGUGGGUCUAGAGCGGAAGGGAGGGAGCGAAGGUAGGAGGCAGGGCCUGCCUCAGUGGCCUCCCUCCCAACCCCAAGAGCCCAGCCCCAUGGUCCCCGCCGCCAGCGCGCUGCUGUGGGUCCUGCUGCUGAGUCUGGGUCCCCGGGCGGCGGGGGCCCAAGGCCUGACCCAGACUCCGACCGCAAUGCAGAGGAUCCGUUUACGCUCUGCGGGCCCCGUGACCCGCAGCUACCGGAGCACCGCCCGGCCUGUUCUUCCCCGGAAGACGAGGAUAAUCCUAGAGGACGAUAAUGAUGCCAUGGCCGACGCCGACCGCCUGGCUGGACCGGCGGCUGCCGAGCUCUUGGCCGCCACGGUGUCCACCGGCUUUAGCCGGUCGUCCACCGUUAACGAGGAGGAUGGGUCUUCGGAAGAGGGGGUUGUGAUUAAUGCCGGAAAGGAUAACACCAGCAGAGAGCUUCCCAGUGCGACUCCCAGUACAGCAGGGAGUUCCAGCACGAGGUUUAUAGCCAAUAGUCAGGAGCCUGAAAUCAGGAUGACUUCAAGCCUGCCGCACUCCCCCGGGAGGUCUACUGAGGACCCGCCAGGCUCAGAGGCCACCCUGAGCCAGUGGUCCACACCCGGGUCUACCCCGAGCCGGUGGCCGUCACCCUCAUCCACAGCCAUGCCACCUCCUGAGGAUCUGCGACUGGUGCUGAUGCCCUGGGGCCCGUGGCACUGCCACUGCAAGUCGGGCACCAUGAGCCGGAGCCGUUCUGGGAAGCUGCACGGCCUUUCCGGGCGCCUUCGAGUUGGGGCGCUGAGCCAACUCCGCACGGAGCACAAGCCUUGCACCUACCAACAAUGUCCCUGCAACCGACUUCGGGAAGAGUGCCCCCUGGACACAAGUCUCUGUACUGACACCAACUGUGCCUCUCAGAGCACCACCAGUACCACCAGGACCACCACUACCCCCUUCCCCACCAUCCACCUCAGAAGCAGUCCCAGCCUGCCACCCACCAGCCCCUGCCCAGCCCUGGCUUUUUGGAAACAGGUCAGGAUUGGCCUGGAGGAUAUUUGGAAUAGCCUCUCUUCAGUGUUCACAGAGAUGCAACCAAUAGACAGAAACCGGAGGUAACAGCCACUUCAUCCACAUGAGGAGAUGUCAGCAUCUCAACCUCUCAUGCCCUUUCAAUCCUAGCACCCACUAGAUAUUUUCAGAACAGAAAAACAAAACUGGAAAAUACAUUGUUUGGUCUUGUGUUUCUUUACAGAGGUACCUGAGGGAGGAGAGACAUAAAUCUCUUCAUCACUAAGACUGAACUGUGUAACUAGCAGCCUCUGGCUUAUUCCCUACUCCCUGUCCCUCAGUUUGUUGAUUUGCUCAUUUUCCUCAUUUCCAACAUUGUUUUAAAACAACUACUUCUUUUACAGGCUUGAAAAAUCUCAAAUAAAUGCUAAGAAAAGGGAGUAGGAAGAACAAGGAGUUGAGCCCUUGAAAGAUGACAUUGGUCUUCUUGCCUUCAUAAUACUUGGCCCUCUCUCCUCAAAAGGGCAAUGUUGGUACAAAAUUCCAUCUUGGCCACUUUGGAGGAGUUAUCUUCAUUAGCCACAUCCAUCCUUUAAUCCAACACACUACCUGCAAUGAUUACUGUGCAACUAUUUUGCUUAAAUUUUUUAUUUGAAAAAUGUAUUUAAAAGUCCAACAACUUUUUAAUAUAAAUUAUGUCUCUCAAACCCAUUCCCAUCACUUUAUUAGUGAUGGUAGCAUACAUAUUAGAGAAGGUAGCUAAAGGCAAGAGAGCACCAAAGGAAAAAGACUGUGUCCAAAGAACAGGAAUUAAAUGGGGCUGAAGAUCAUGGUAACCAGAGAUUUCCAGGAGUCUCUAAUCUUUCUACCCUAUCCUGUUAACCCUUUAGAUCUCUAGUAUAACACUCAGGCUACUGAGGUAUUUUACGGCAACAAGUUGGGUUACUUUCAGAGCAACCAGCUUGACUGGAACUGAGAGUAAAUUGGGAAUGUAUGACCAAUCUUAGACCCUGAAAAAUGGCAGAAAAUACAUGGAAAUU